AUGUAUCAUAUUGUAGAGUUUGUGGACACGAAUGAAGUAGAGGUUGUCCCAUCAUCAUGGGUUUCAGAUGGGCAGUGCUUGUGGCCAGAGAGAUACAAGCUGGAAGACAUUAAAAAGGCUACACGCAGCAUGGAACAACCUCAGGACACGUGGAGGUCAUUCCAAAUUAGAAUCUUAUAUACAGCCGCAAACUACAACAUUGCCCGCCUGAAACUUCCUCAAGCAGAAGCUCAGACAGAUCUCCAGACUGCUGAUGAAAAUGAAAUGCCAAAGAGGAUCAAGAGGAAAAGAAUACGAAAUAACUUCUUGAUAUCAAGUGACAGUGACAAUGAAAUUCCUGUAAAAAAAAAUAAGCUGCCUGCUGCUCCGAAGAUCCAACCUCCCUGCCUGACAGACACCCCUUCACACCGCCAGAGAACGGACACCCCUUCAUACCGCCAGAGAACGGACACCCCUUUAUACCGCCAGAGAACGGACACCCCUCGACACUGGAACGGACACCCCUUCACACCGCCAGAGAACGGACACCCCUUUAUACCGCCAGAGAACGGACACCCCUCGACACUGUCAGGGAACGGACACCCCUUCACACCGCCAGAGAACGGACACCCCUUUAUACCGCCAGAGAACGGACACCCCUCGACACUGUCAGGGAACGGACACCCCUUCACACCGCCAGAGAACGGACACCCCUUUAUACCGCCAGAGAACGGACACCCCUCGACACUGUCAGGGAACGGACACCCCUUCACACCGCCAGAGAACGGACACCCCUUUAUACCGCCAGAGAACGGACACCCCUUUAUACCGCCAGAGAACGGACACCCCUCGACACUGUCAGGGAACGGACACCCCUUCACACCGCCAGAGAACAGACACCCCUCGACACUGUCAGGGAACACACACCCCUCGACACUGUCAGGGAACGGACACCCCUUCACACCGCCAGAGAACAGACACCCCUCCACACCGUCAGAAAAUGACACCCCUCGACACUGUCAUGGAACACACACCCCUCCACACCGUCAGAGAAUGGACACCCCUCGACACUGUCAGGGAACACACACCCCUCGACACUGUCAGGGAACGGACACCCCUCCACACCGUCAGAGAACGGACAACCCUCCACAUCACCAUGAGAGGGAAAACUUUCAAACACCAUCUCUAAGAGAUGUAAUGUCUCUUCUUCUUAAUAUGAAUAUCAAAAUUGAAAUGCUAAUGGAUCAGGUAAAGGUGAUCCAGCAGCAUCUCGCCACCAUCAGCACAACCAGUUCUCCAGAGGUGGAGGGACUCCUACCAGAAGGCAUCAUUCCCCUAAAGGACAUCAGAGCUCUAGAAGCUCUAGAAUAUGAGAUUAAGAGCAAAGAUGGACUCAGAGCCAAAAUGGUGACAACUUUAAGCCUCAUGGGAGGAGUUGAUGUCCGAGAGACAGUUUGGAGGACGAUGAGGCAGCUAAUGACAAACUCGCUUGCCACAAACCUUAACUGGAGAGGAGUUAAUGGGAAGACAGGUUUUUGUGGUUUGCAGUUGAAGGAAGUCAUUAAUGAUGCUGUCAGGAGAAACAAAUUCACUUCAAAUGCCACCACCCAAGAAAUAGAAACAUUUGUGAAACGAUGGCUUCAGCUGGCGGGUGAUCGGGAUGGUGGACGCAAAAGAAGAAUGGAGAGAGGACUGCCUGACAAUUAAAAGACUUUUUACCCCACGCCUCGGAGGGGGUGGUAUAAGGGGUAUUGUUUUUGGUUUGGUUU